ACAAACGUAGCCGAGUUAACAUUUAAAGGAGUGUUAUUUUGACACUAAGAUUUCAAAGAAUGAUGUAGUAAGACUGGAAUUAUAAUGCUAAUAUCAUUGGACAUGUAUUACAAACCAUAGAUAUCCCGCUCGCGAAGUGUCCUUUCCACAUACUUUUUCACUUUUUAGAGUCACCAUUUGGAAAUCCAGAUGAUAUAGGUAGCCUACAAUGUAGGCUAACUACAAACCUAAGUUUUUGUAGUGACGAGUGGGAGGAGGUUGAUUUCUACCUCGUCUGGUAUUAGUCAGAUAAGGGGAGGAGUCUCUCACUGACAAGAGACUGGCUCUUCUGAGUUUGUCUGCUCCCUAAAAUAGCAGUUCGUGUGUAAAUGUGACUGAAAUUACGUGUAUGUCUAUUGGAGCCUCUGAUAUAGAGUGUCUAUAUACAACGAGGAACUUGGGAGACAAGGACAUUUUUCCCAAGGAGGAAAACGCAGCAGGAAGCUUAACGCAAGCGAGGGAAGCAUUGAAGGGAAAGGAAGAGACAGACAGGAGCUGGAUUUUCCCAUAAAGAGAAUAUCACUGCUUUGAUAGUUGGAUUGUGGUGUGGUCACAAGAAGUACAGAGUAAAACCGAGUAGAGUGUUGUACAAUGUGCUAGGAGUGAAGGAAAGAAGACAAGCUCUGUUGUUUUUCUGAUAUUCUUGAGGUGUCAGAGAGACCAAACAGGACACAGAGAUGGGCCGGAAGAAGAUACAGAUCACGAGGAUCAUGGAUGAGAGGAACAGGCAGGUUACCUUCACGAAGAGGAAGUUUGGGCUAAUGAAGAAGGCCUAUGAGCUCAGCGUUCUAUGUGACUGUGAGAUAGCCCUGAUCAUAUUCAACAGCUCAAACAAACUCUUUCAGUAUGCGAGCACAGAUAUGGACAAGGUCCUGCUCAAAUACACUGAGUACAAUGAGCCCCACGAGAGCAGAACCAACUCCGACAUUGUCGAGGCGCUAAACAAGAAAGAACACAGAGGCUGUGAUAGCCCGGACCCUGAUGCCUCAUAUGUCCUCACCCCUCACACAGAAGAAAAGUAUAAAAAAAUUAAUGAGGAGUUUGAUAAUAUGAUGAGAAAUCAUAAAAUCCCCACAGCGCUGCCCCAGCAGAACUUCCCCAUGCAUGUGGCAGUGCCAGUCUCCAACCAGAAUACCAUGUCUUACAACCCAGGAGGAUCCAUGAGCAGCCAGGCCCUGGCUCAGGCCGCAGCCUCUCUGAGUGACAGCGGGAUGCUCUCCCCCCCUCAGGCCUCCUUACACAGGAGCGGGGGACAGCAGAGGCCCCCCACUCAAGGCAAUGCGGGGGCCCUCCAAGUGAAAUAUGGAUUGGCGUUCUUGGAACAACUACCGAGGAGUAGCUUUGUCAACUCCAGGGGCUCUCCGGGACUCCUGGGCACACCCAGCGGGAACAGCCUGGGGAAAGUCAUGCCCACCAAGUCUCCACCGCCCCCUGGAGUGAACAUGGGGAUGGGAAACCGCAAGCCAGACCUGAGAGUGGUGAUCCCCCCAUCCAGCAAAGGCAUGAUGCCUCCACUGUCAGAGGAAGAGGAAAUGGAUUUGAACACCCAAAGGCUAAGCAGCUCCCAGUCCCAGCCACUGGCCACCCCAGUAGUGUCUGUCACCACACCCAGCCUGCCCCCUCAAGGCCUGGUCUACUCAGGCAUGCCCACCGCUUACAACACCGAGUACUCCCUGAGCAGUGCAGAGAUCUCCUCCCUACAGGGCUUCGGCUCUCCAGGGCUCUCUCUGGGCUCCAUGUCGGCAUGGCAACAACAUCAACUGGGCCAGGCAGCUCUCAGUUCUUUGGUGGGUGGUGGUCACCUACCUCAGGGCUCCAACCUCUCCAUCAACACCAGCCAAAACAUCAAUAUCAAGUCAGAACCCAUCUCCCCUCCUCGGGAGCGCGUCACCCCCUCUGGCUUCCACCAGCAGCAGCAACAGCAGCGGCAUCAGCAGCAGCAGGCGUCCAGCCGGCAGGACCUGGGCCGCUCGCCAGUGGACAGCCUCAGCUCCUCCUGCAGCUCAUACGAUGGCAGCGACCGCGAGGACCACCGGCCAGACUUCCACACCUCCUCCAUGGGGCUGGGCAGACCCCCGGCCGGCACCGAGGACAACAGGGCGAGCCCUUCUGUCAAGCGCAUGCGCAUGGACACCUGGGUGACAUAGAGCCACAUGAUCAAGCCUCCAGUCACCAGCUAGUCAGAGGGAGGGAGGGGGUAGACUUGGGGGAGAGAUGGAUUGGGUAGGAAAGGUCCUUAUAGUUAUCAUUAUAAUAUUAUUAUUUAACUCCAUUUCAUUUUGUAAGAAGGAGAAUGGCAAAUACAAUUAAAGGACAUAUCUAAAUUAAAUACGUCUCACAUGAAUAAGAAGAGCAUUCAAGUAGUUGGACUGAAUUAUGUACACAAACAGAUGUUAUCAGGUACUGGGUGCAAUCAACAUUAUGUUUGCAGGAGUCCGAUGUUCAAAAAAAAAAAAGCAAAUGAAACAAUCUAGUUUAUUGUAGUCACUGGUCUAGUCUGGCACUUACUUGUAGUUGCUGUUUUUGCUGUUGUGGUUGCAAGUUGCAAACAAUCAAAGAAAGUCAGAGUGUUGCCUACUGGCUGAGGGCCCCUGCUUGUGGCGUCCACUGUUCGAGCGCAAGUUUCCAACAUGAUGGUGUAACCGCAUACACCUUUAAUCUCAUACAAUGUUGACUCAAUUUGUCUCUUCUAUUAAGUUAUUACAUCAAAUCGAUGUGAAAUCUCAUUUUAAAACAAAAUCGACCUCAGAGACACUACAACAUAGUAAUUUGAAAGAGGAAGAAUUUUUCUCGUGGGGUUUGAGACAGGAAAAGCUAUCAUGUAUGGGAAGGACAUGGCUCAGAGUCAUGUGAUUUAGUUCUAAAAGAGAGGAAAAGUAUAUUGCAAUAAUAACAUAUUCAUUUUAUAAUCUGAUAUGGGAAAUGAAGAUAAUGGGAAAUCGUCCAGUUGAACUGGUAGCAUAGUAACAGUAAGAAAUAUUCUCAUUGCUCCAACAAUUCAUUGGUAAUGUAAGCCAAAGCUGUACUGUAUGUUUAUUUGUUAUUUUGUAGCUAUGUUUUCCCAGCAAUUCUCUCAAAAACAACUGUUCAUCUUAGUUAUGUUUUUACUGUGCUCUGUUACAACCAAUACGAAGACAUGCAAGCCAGAUCUUGAAUCAAUAUCUAAAGCCAUGAACACUUGAUGUUCUGUUUGUAAAAUUCUAAAUUUGAGCCAAAUGUUUUCUUUUGUUAUGUAAAUAGCAACUUUAAUAUUUAUCACCUUGGUGUUAAGUACGUAUGUAUUGUACCAUCACCAGAUUCAAGAAAAAGGUAUAUUUUUGUGGAUUACUGCCAUGUUUACCCAGCGAGAUCCUUAUUAAGUAGAGUAUUCACUGGUUAAUAUUUACUAUUUUGUUAAUUAUACUGUGCUUUCUUUAAAAUUUUGUUAUUACUGUUUUAAAAUCAGUGGAUUUAUUUCCAGAGUAGUUUUUUGGGUCAUUUUCCCUUUAAUAGUGGUGAAUAUCUGUCCCUAGGAAAUUGUAAUAACAGUGCUGUGAGGUUAAAGUUCCUGUAUACCGUAUGUUGUGAAGGAAAAUCGCAAUGCUAAGGAUAACAUGGUUCCUUCUAUUGUGUUAACUAUUUACCUGCAGCUGCUGGAUACUCUGCCAACUUUCAAACCCAAGGUCCCGUCUCAGCAUUGAAAAACCGCCCAUUGUGAUUGUGCUUAGCUCAAUCGAAAGAUAUCUCAUUUCAUGAACCAUGCCAAUAAACCUAUUUAUGGUUAAUUAAAUUAUCCAUCGAUAGAUCACUCUGGUGAAUUUUUUCACAUUGAGUAAACUAAGUUACAAACGUUGUAAAUAUCAUAGCCUAAAUGUACAUCUCAAUCAUGAUGUAUAAAAUGUAUCCAUUUUAUAAAUCGGCACAGUAAAAUAUCCUUUCUAAAUGCCCCAUCACUAGUAGGAAAUGAAUAAUCCAGAAAUCAUGAUGUCAUAAACAGGGUGUAGUACUGGUGAGGGGAAACAGCCAUUUUCUGUUUCAUUGUUGUAUGUUUGCCUGUGUGAGCAUAUCAGACCAUGCAGAGGCAUGUAGGUCAUUGUCUGUUACAGGUGGCCCUGGUUUCAUUAUACCCAAUCCUCACAGUGGCUAAGUGUCAAAGAAUUCAGCAGCUAAAACGUAGUAGAGACAAUGCAACUGAAUUGACUUGAUCUCACACUGCUGGAUUGCACACAUUUGUAUGAGAAUUGUGUUGUACAAAAGGAGUCUCUCUUUAUAUUUGCUAUAUUUUCCCUUGUGUGUUUCUUCUCCAUGCCCACCUCCACCCCUUUCAUUUGAUCCAUAGCAGUUGGCCAUAAGCCAAUAGUGAUCUAUGUAGUUUACAACUCAUACUCUGUCCAGAUGGGACCCCAACAAAAUGUGACUUGAAGGGUCCAGUCUACUAUUAGAUGUUAUUGCAAGUCCCAUAUAGUCACCCUCAGUACUAGAAUGAAGAUUUGCGGAUAUGAUGAAGUAGGAACUAUGUGCUUAGGGCCUACAGGGCCUGAGCAGAUGAAAAUAUGACUGUUAACCUUUAGUCCUUAAGUGCCACUGUGUGAGGGAGCUUGAUAGGCAGUUGCACAUCAAUUUGAAAUCAUGUAAACCUUUUUGAACACAUUGUUUUCCACAGUCUUGAUCAAUUCAGAAAUAUUUUAGAGAUGCAUAAGAAACACAACAUAACUUAUUAAUAUCAAAUUUAACACUUCAGGUUACAGAAUAGCAAUAAAACCAUUACACUAUUCUUAAAAGGCAGUAGCAGUCUUUUUUUUAAUAACUUCAUCACACAAUUACAUGCACACUUUAGCACUUGGUAGGAUAUCAGGGAAUUUUUCUAGGUUCACUCUUUAUAUGCACGGUUAGAAAAUAGCCUUUAUCCCAAAGAAUUACUCAUGUUAUACAUCAAGAAAAGCCUCACAAAGCUCCAAACUUGCACCCCUACAGCUAAAGGAGCUGACAUACAUUACAGUACAUAGACUGGAUAAUCUUGCCCACCCUGCACUCCCCUGAAAUCAGAUUCACACAAGGAAUGUAUUGAGAAUGUAAAGGGAUAGACUUGCUUUUUUGGUCUAUGUGCUGUGUAAAAAUAUGCACAACUAUUGAAUGUGAAAGAACAGGAUUUAAGGAGACAACAGAACUUUGUUUGAAGUACUUUCUUCACUUUGCUUUGCGAGAGUAAGCCUACAAUGCUUUGCUUUAUGGCUUUUACAAAACAGAACUAUGUGUUUGGUAAUUGUUGUAGUUAAUAGUUCACUUAAAGAAGCUGUUUGCGGUUUGGAUGCUCAAACCGUUUGGCGGCACAAGCUGGACUUUGUUGCCAUGAAUGAAACAAACUGUUUCAAAAUCAAGAGAGAAUUUUAAGUUAAUCUGCAUUUUAUUUCCCUUGAAUGUGUUGUUUUAUCUUCAUUAUACAAUAAAUAUUCUAGUGAACUUUUUAUUGAAUGACUAAGAUACCAAGCUAGAGAUUGUUGUACAAAUUUGUAUUCUACAUUCACUAAAAGUAAAACUAUUGGCUUUUACUGUGUAUUUUAGGUUCUCUCACUCAUCCUGUAUAAAAUGAAGUAAACAACUCUCUUACCUAGAUUUUGUCCCCCUGUGAAGUCCCCAACAAUAGAGACUGUCAGCUUUAUUAAACACCUCAAUGUAUGCUUAAA